AAGUAAUGACUCCUUACUAACGCAAUUCGGUGCGCGUGAUCGAAUCCUCGUUCAAAGGAUACUGUGAGAGUUUUUACGUGCUGUAGAUGUGUUUUUGUGUUUAAACCUAUGUUAAUAGUAACCCUUGGCUUUCUCUAAAUUGUUCACAAGUUCGUUUUUGGACCGGUUAAGUGACCACAUCAUGACGGGAAGGAAUGCAGUGGAGGAUGUCAGGGCUUUAGUGGUGGAUGCGCGCCGUGCUUAUCGCGAUAACUUCGGCGAGGAUCCUGGUGUGGUGGUCUGCGCUCCGGGACGCGUCAACUUAAUCGGAGAGCACACCGACUAUAAUGAAGGAUUUGUUUUGCCAAUGGCUUUGCAUCUGGUGACGGUCAUGGUGGGCAGCAGCACGUCUGGCCAGAGCUGUUCUGUUGUAACCAUUGCAGAAUCUGCAGAUGAGCCAAGGAGAGUGGACUUUAAUCUACCAACAGACAGUGCACCACUGACAGGAGGACAACCCAUCUGGGCCAACUAUGUUAAAGGCGUGGUGCAACACUACAGAGCUCAGCCCCUGCCUGCAUUUAAAGCUGUAAUAGCCAGUAGUGUGCCACUGGGGGGUGGACUGUCCAGCUCAGCUUCACUUGAAGUGGCGGUGUACACCUUCCUCCAGCAGCUGUGUCCCGAUGAUGGGGAUAAUAUAGCGAAGGCACUAGCAUGCCAGAAGGCAGAGCAUACUCAUGCAGGAAUGCCCUGUGGUAUUAUGGACCAGUUUAUUUCAGUGCUAGGCAAAGAGGGCCAUGCAUUGCUUAUUGACUGCAGAUCAUUGGAGGCCACCGCUGUUCCCCUGUAUGAUCCUGAUCUGGUCAUCCUUAUCACAAAUUCCAAUGUGAAGCAUGCACUUACAGGAAGUGAGUAUCCCAGCAGACGAAAACAAUGUGAAGAGGCAGCAGCCAUUAUGGGCAAGCGCAGUCUGAGAGAUGCCACGCUACACGAUCUUUUGGAGAUUGAGCGUACGGCAAAGGCAGCUGAGGCUCUGAAACGAGGAGCUUAUCAAGAGUUUGGAAAGCUAAUGGUGGAGAGCCACAAUUCCCUCAGAGACCAAUAUGAGGUGAGCUGUCCAGAGCUGGAUGUGCUGGUAGCUGCAGCAAUGGAGGUUGAUGGAGUCUUUGGGAGUCGGAUGACAGGUGGAGGGUUUGGUGGAUGUACAGUUUCACUGCUGCGGUCUGAUGCUGCUGAGAGAACUAUGAAGCAUAUAAAGGAGAGAUAUAAUGGAUGCCCAACUUUUUACAUAACUACCCCAUCAGACGGAGCUCGGGUCCUCAGUGUAUAAUCAAUAAUGAAGUCAAAUGGCAUUUCAACAGUUAAGCACACGUGGUUAUGAAUUAAUUCUAUCUAAAUCUAUGGCAAAUAUUCAAAAUGGAAAAUUCUGAUUAAUGUAACUGUAAAUGAUUAAUGUAAACUGUUGCCGCCACAAAGUUGGAAGCACAUAAUUGUUUAGAAUAUCUUUAUAUGCUGUACCCCAGACCUGUUCUAGCAUACUGCAGUGGAGAUUAUUUAAAACAUAUAAAUAAAACAGAAAUAGUCUCUAAGUCAAAAAACACCACAUGGAGAAUCUCACUCCUUGCUUGCUAUUAGAAUGCUAUUAAUUCUUGCCUUCUCACUGACACCUCUUUCCUUUCUUUUUGCCUCUGUUGUUUUUUUUCCUCUAGCCUGGCUCUCCUACAUGUGUACUAUUUCCACAGAAAUAUACUGGCCCAGCAUCAAUAGUUGGAUUAUACAUAUAUUACAAUAUAUAUUAUAUAUAUAUAUAUAUAUAUAUAUAUAUAUAUAUAUAUAUAUAUAUAUAUAUAUAUAUAUAUAUAUAUAUAUAUAUAUACAACUAUAUUGUGCUGUGACCAUUAGGAGGUAUAUAAUGUUUUUAUUUUAUUUUAUUUUAUUUAGUUGCUUUUGUGUUUGAGAACCACUGCAGUAAUCAUAUUAUUAAUAUCACUUUUAAUAUUGUGGGCUAAAUCAUUGUAUUAUCACCUAAACUGACAAUUGUUGUAGGUAUGAUGCAGUAAAUUAACUAAAAAAAUAUAAUCAAGUCUCUGGCAAAUGAACAUCACCUUUUCAGUGCAUUAUAUAAUUCAAAAUAUAGGCUUUGACCACAGGUGGAGGCAGAAACACAAAGCAAAAUGUGAACUGGUUGACUGAGGAUUGGGCUAUAGGAAGAAUCUUUUAAGCUAUUGUACAAAUAAAUUAUUUAAUAUUUGUGCUCAGCUCACUGGUUCCACUUCACCCAGUCUAUUCUAUGAAAGCUGAAGCAGAUAUUCCACAGAAAGAUAAAGAUGCAUGACUGCAGGUUAACCCUUGUAUGGCUCAAGAUAACAUCUUGUUAUCAAAGGAUUGUAAUUCCUGAACAGCAGAUGUUCAGGAAUUGCAAUCCUUUGAUUUUCUCCCUUAUGCAACUUAAUCUAUAGAUUAAUUACAUUAUUUAAAAAUAGACACAUUAUAGCUUAGCUGUGACUAUGUAUAGAGGAGGGGUCAUGUAUAAAACAGGGGUUUUAGCAAAUUGAUUCAGAAAUGCCCAGCUCAAACUGACUGAAUGAUGCAUUGAAGCCAACAUGUGUUAGGCUGCAACUCAUCGUUUUUUAUGAUAAUUAUUUUGUUUCAACAUCCAUAUAUUCUUUCAAGACCAAUAAAAAUCUUAUUCUUCAAUUUG